AUGUCGCUCUAUUUGGAGAAAUUAAGGCAUCUACGUUACGCCAUCAAGCAACAUGGAGUUUUCGGAUCAGUUCUACAACUUUUCAGGACAGAUGAAAUAAAAUGGGGGACUCUAGUUGGACAGGACAAGUUUGGAAACAAAUAUUACCAAAACAAGUUAUACUUUAUGGGUCGCAGUAGAUGGGUAUAUUACUCAGACAAGAAUUUCGGUUGGGAUUAUGACGGUAGUCAAGUACCAGCUGAAUGGCACAGAUGGUUGCACUAUAUAACCGAUGAACCGCCGACCAAAUCAGACCUUGUCAAAUAUGAUUGGUUGGCAGAGCACCAAGAAAAUGUUACAGGUCAGAAGAGCAUGUAUUACCCUUUUAGUACCACUACACCAAAAAUCAAAGCAUGGAAACCAGGUGCUAAAUAA